UGUUGUUUUUGCUCCUGUCCGUAGAGAUGUGUAUAAGAGAGAGGGAGGAGAGAGAGAGAGAUUAUAGAAUCGAGUGAAUGCUGUUAUGUAGUAACUGGCAGCAUUUGUUUGCUGGCAGACUGUGUUGGAUACAAAUUUCAUUUUAAACGGAAUUACUGCAGCGAAUACGCAAUUUGACGAACAAGAUGGGAUCAACGUUGAUUAAACAGAGGUAAAGUGACCUUUAUUUCUCUAUAUACUCAUGGCAAAUUUGAUUAAUUAUCGAGAAAACAACGCCGCGAUGUUGAUGGUAGAGGCACACCAGCGCGCUAGUAUUAUUGGGUCGAAAACAACAACAACAACAAGCGGCGGAGGAGCGUCCCCAGCGAGGGAACCCACUUCAUCUUUAAUUCAUAUUAACACCGCGCAUUUUCAGCAACACUCACCUCUCGCCCUCCACCACCACAACCUACAAACGCACCAACAACCACACCAACACUACGCCGAGGAAAACAACGCGGACGAGUUGCUGAGAAAAUCAUCCUCUACUACUUUAUCCCGGGUGCACGAGGAAGCUGCUGUAAAUACUAGCAUUACCGGUACUACGACUACAACGACUACCACUAGCAACAGUGAGGGGAGUGAUGAUGUACGGAAAUGCGGCUACUUGAGAAAGCAAAAACACGGUCACAAGAGAUUCUUUGUGCUUCGGGAACCAAGCCAGCUGGGUCCUUCCCGGCUGGAGUACUAUGACAGUGAAAAGAAAUUUCGAAAUUGCACCCGGUCUGCCUCUUGCCCCCCUAAGAGAGUGAUUCCUCUGUACCAGUGCUUUACUGUAAACAGGCGGGCCGAUGCCAAGAAUAAAUACCUCAUUGCUCUGUAUACUAAAGAUGAGUGUUUUGCUGUGGUCGCUGAGAAUGAGCAUGAACAGGAAAGCUGGUACCUGGCAAUAAGUGACUUAAUGAAUGAAGGGAAAAAGGGGGGGCUGGAUUCAGAUGAGCUGGACGACGGCUACGGCACCGUCACACCUGGUACUGUAUUUAAAGAAGUGUGGCAGGUGAAUGUGAAGCCUAAGGGACUGGGGCACACUAAAAACCUGACUGGAGUGUACAGGCUGUGUCUCUCCAGCAAGACCAUUCACUUGGUUAAGCUUAACUCUGACACCCCCUGUGUGAACUUGCAGCUGAUGAACAUCAGGCGGUGUGGGCAUUCUGAGAGCUUCUUCUUCAUUGAGGUGGGUCGCUCUUCCUCCAUUGGGCCCGGGGAGAUCUGGAUGCAGGUGGAUGACUCUGUGGUGGCACAGAACAUGCAUGAGACCAUCCUGGAAACCAUGAAAGCCCUCAAAGCUUUUGCUGAGUUCAGGCCAAGGAGUAAAAGCCAGUCCUCCGGCAGCAACCCCAUUGCUUUCAUUACCACCCGCCGGCACCUAGGCAACCUUCCCCCCAGCCAGACCGGAUUGCAGAGGCGGGCCAGGACGGAGAGCAUGGCUGGCACACCCCCUACAAGCAAAAGUGGGGGCUACCGCUUCCGGACCUCCAGCGAAGGGGAGGGCACCAUGGCCAGGCCUUUUAGGUCUGUUACUGGGAGCUUAAUCCACCUGAACACUGCCAGGAUAAACCUUGGCAAGCAGGAGGGCAGCGGGAGGUACGUUAAGGCGCCCCCUGGAUCCGCCUACCACACGCGCUCAGCCUCCCUGCCAGUGUCGCACUUUCCCUCUACCACCAGCCCUGUCAGCGUUUCUUCAAGCAGUGGCCAUGGAUCAGCUUCUGACACCCUGACCCGCCCCUCCAGUGCCUCUAUAUGUGGAUCUCCAAGUGACGGGGGGUUUAAUUCUUCUGACGAGUACGGCUCCAGCCCUGGGGAUUUCCGAUAUUUCAGGGUUAGAAGCAACACCCCCGAUUCCCUGGGGAACACCCCACCAAUCCGGGAGGAAAACUGCUUGAGUGAGUACAUGUCUAUGGAUAAGCACACCAAUGGGAUGAGCAGCUGCUGUUACAGUAGCCAGGACGAUGGCUUGAGGGAUGAGUACAUUGAUGCUGAGAAAUGCUUCAGGAAAAGGACUCACUCGUUCACCAAGCCGGGUGCCGUCACAGUGUACCAGAAAAUGGCACAGACUACCUCCUCACUGGAUGAACCCGGUGCAGAUGCCAACCCCUUGGGCAGCCACGGCCAUCUGUCAUACUCCGCCUCCCCUAAAUCCAGCUACCUCUAUCCAGAGGAUUACUGUGAAGCUAAGCUUCCCUCACCUUCCAUCACCCAGCGGCAGGGUGCAACUAAGGACGAUGGCUACAUGCCAAUGAUGCCUGGAGUGGCCCCGUCCUGCCAAGCAGAUUAUAUGCCUAUGCAUCCUAAAAACACGGCCCCCAAACAGAUCGUCCACCCCAGGGCUGCACCUCAUGUGGACUCCAGGGGCUAUAUGAUGAUGCAGCCCAGUGUAAGUUGCUCACCUGUGCAAAACUGCUCCAGGGGCAGCAGUGACCGGUUGCUCAAUGGCGAGUAUGUGGAUAUGUCCCAGAGCAACAGCACCCGAUGCAAGCUGUCCAGUGACUGCUAUUAUGGUCAGACUGCACCUGAUCUCCCUAAGUCCUACAGCUCUUACUUCUCUUUGCCUAGAUCAUACAAGGCUCCUGCCCAGGAAAACGGCAAACACAAUGAAUAUGUCCCCAUGUGCUCUCCUGGCAAGCCUGUCAAUGCUGGACCUGAGUACAGCAGCAGAUGUACUAGUAGCAGCAGCAUCACCUCCACCAACAGGGGGCACAGUAGUUAUACACCCGCCUCUCUCAGCCUGCAAAAUGGGAAUGGGGAAGUGUGUGGAUCGAACCGAAGAGCUGUGAGACCCACCAGACUGUCCCUGGGCAGCCGCAGUAGCAACACAGUACCCCAGACUUCUGAACGAGCCCUGCCACCUGAGCCCCACAGCCCGGGAGAGUAUAUUAACAUCGAUUUUGGAGAGAAGGGCAUUCACACACCAUACUGCCUGUCUGCAGAGGGGUCUCCUCCUUCCCUGGGCUCCAACAGUGACCACAGGCGGUCCCCGCUAAAUGACUACAUGAGCCUGGAUUUGGACGCCCAGUCACCCAAAGCAGCUGAUGUGUCUCUAGCAUGCUCUGCCACCAGAAUGGCCCCGAAUUCCUCUUCCAUUGUAGAUGCUCUCAGAAGCCAGCCUAGCAAUGAUUAUGCUCGGAUGGCUCUCGGGGACACACCUGUCACUGGCGGAGCAGGACGGACUGAUGAUUACACAGAAAUGACCUUUAACCUGGCGCUGACCCCAUCACGGUCAGGUGCCCCACAGGAGCCAGACAGCCUUGAGGCGGUGAGCCCAUCUUCAAUUGUGAAGCGGCUCUGUAUUGUUGAACGGUACCCUGGGCAGAGCAGCUUUCCUAUCCCACCUCCUCCUUCAUCAGCACCCCCCUUUGAACCCAAGGUGAUCCGUGCCGACCCCCAGGGCAGGCGGCGGCACAGCUCGGAGACCUUCUCCUCCUCGCCCAGCAGCUCAGCUAGCAUCGCCCCCGCCAGCGCCCUCCUGACCGACAGCAGCAAGCGGCACAGCUCCGCCUCCUUCGACAGCGUCUGGCUCCGACUGGAGGAGGGACCCGACACCAGUGCAGGGGGUGAGUGCAGCAGCCAGGACGGCAGUGGGAAGAUGUGCAGGAACACCUCGGCUGGCUAUCAGAAUGGCCUCAACUACAUCGCCCUGGACCUGAGGGAGGACCUGAGGAGCUGCGAGCUCUCUGCACCACCCACCUCCCCCUCGCCGCCUCCUCCUGCCGAGAACAGAGCCUAUGCCAGCAUAGACUUCUCCAAGUCGGACAGAAUGAAGGGCGCGCCGAAAGACUGAAAAUCAACCAGAUGAAGAAAUUCACAGCAUCUGGAACAGCCAAGAAUCAAAAUGCAGCAGCAGUUUAAUGCAAGACAAGUUGCCUCACUUCCCCAGCAAUGGGAGGACAAACCUUUUUUUUUUUUUUUUUGGUAUCUUUUAUACCCCUGCAAGCAAAAUCAGCAUCAUCACCAACUAUAACUAUUUAAACUGAACUGGACAUAAAAAAAACAAAAAACAAAAAAAAAACACACUAUUCAUUGAAGCAAGUGUGCUGGCUUAUUUGAAAGAGGUUUUAAAUUAGUCAUGCAAAUGUUGUGGGUUUUGUAGCCCACAAUCAAUUCAGUCCACUAGCUUUGAGUGUGUGUCAAUUUGACAAGGUUUAAAACAGUUCCGUCAGCUUUUAUUCUAGGGCUGUGCACGUAAAUCCAUGUCCCUGUCUAACACAUGGCUCCUGCAGUCUCUAUUACUACAGUCCAAGGAUGCUUGAGGCCGAGAUGACGUUGGGAGCUUCUGUAACCAAUUAUCAGGCUCAGGUGCAGCAUGCCCUGCAUUCCUGAAGCUCUGGACUAAGGGACAGCAGCUACUAAGGGGGCUGGGUAGAGGGUUCUAUACUUGGCCUUGUAAAAUUCACCAUCAGCCAAAAUAUCUGUUACUCUAUCCUGCUUUGAGCGUGUGCCACCUUGAGCUAGGAGCUACCCAAAAACAGCUCGGAAAGGGCAGAUGUUGGGCCAUACUCCCAUGACAUAAUGGCAAGUAACGCACCACACUACAUUUACACAAAGCAUGUGAAUGCUAAUUAAAAGUAUAGUGAAGAAAUGAGCUGCUGCUGUGGAAACUUCCAUACCUUGCGUUACAAAGUAGCCAACAGGAGCCUUGCUCAUAUAAAUUACCUAAUUAUCAAAAUCAAUGGAGCUUUAACAGCAGAAGUCAACAGUUAAACUGGGGUUUCACUGUGUGUACUGAUUCUGGAAAAUAUGUUUUCAGUACAAUUCCAGCUGAAUGCACCAUUCACUAGCAUCCUAAAUAAUGCCACUACUUAUACAGGCUGCUGGCAGAAAUAUAUUAGAAAGCAUAUGCAAAAUCGGCAUCCUCCAGAAAACAUUGUGGAAAACUUUGAAACAUUACCUCACAUACACUUUUGCUGAUAGUUCUCUCAACAGCAAAUUAGUCUCAACAAUUUUAUACCAUGCUUUUUAGUGCAAAAGCUUAUAUUAAAGUUAGUUUGGAUUAGCCACUUUUAUUUACCAAAAUACUUUAGAUUGAAAUAGCCAAAUGCAACUAUAGUACUGUUAAGAGAAAAAAAUAAAUCUUUUAAAAUGCAGAUCAAACCAUUCAGCAUAAUGAACGGGGUUUACCCUUUAUUACAAAACAAAGAUGAGUGAAUCCUUGUUUAGAGUUAUUUAUAAUAAAGGAAGGCAAUAGUUUUUGUUUUCAGAUGCAUGCUUCAUGUCAUUCAUAACGUUAUAAAUAGGUUACACAUUCAGAAGUAACCAUGUUAAGAAAACACACCCUUCAUGUACGUUUCAGCAUUACAACUGCACAAGUCUCUUAGUGUGUUCUUCAGAAUAUUGGUACAAGUAUCAAGUAUCACAGUGGAAACAAAUAAUAAUACGCAGAGCUAGAAAUGUAAUCACUUACAAUCAAUAGAACUCUGGCUCUGGGGGGGUAUUUCUUAAGUUUGUUUUCAUACAUCAAGAUCCUAUUUGUUGUUGUAGUGUGGGCGAGUUGGAAUUCCCUGAGCAUUGCCGCUGCAGCUGUACAGCUGUGUGGUGGAAGGGUGUCUCAGCCCCGCUCCUUAGAGGCAGGCAUGACUCAGAGCAAUGUGUGCUGCGCUCCCACAGGACAGCGUGAAUGGGUAUUCACAUUUUUAUUUGGACUGAGGUUAUAAGGCAGAGGCUGGGAUUUCUGGCCAGCACAUUAUUAAGAAAAGAAAUGACAGGUUUCCUGUACAAAAUCUGUCAUUUCUUGUUAAUGCGCCUGUGAUCAUUAAAAAAAAAAAAAAAAAAACACAUACAAGCGAGAAACACAUAGCAUCCAAACAGUCAUUUAUAUGCAGUACAUUUCCACAUGCACAGCUCACACAGACUGGGGGCAGGUUGAGCUGGAAAAUGAUUGGGAUCAGUGCUGUUUUGAAAACAAAACAAUGAGAAUUGCUGCAGGGUGAAUAAUUCUGGCUGCACACAAUCAGCUGUGAGUUUAUGAAAGGUAUAUGCAAGUUAAGGUACCUCUAAUGCUGGCUUGGAUUUCAAUAAGAUGUGUUUUGCUGUGAUUUUUUUUUUUAAAUAGAAGUCUACACAAUGAGUACUACCUCCCACACAAAAAAACAAACGAAAACAAUAACCUACAGUACUAUUUCACCACAAUCUUCCCAGUCCAGCAUUUCAGAAAAACAAACACUCAGAAGCAUUCUUGGUGACUGAACUGUGGCUUCUAUACUUUUUCAAGACCUCUUUGUUUGACCACAGAGAUAAGAGAAGUUAACAACAUACAGGAACACAUCUGCCUCUAAAGUACCAGGCACCACUUAAUGCAAGACAGGGGGCUUGCGUGGCACACAGAACGAUGAAGGGCAGUCCAGCCGAAAUGGAUGCUUCAAACAUUUGCUCAUGAUAACAGCGUCUGUUUGCAGGGAGAGCUGCAAACACGACAACGAAGGACACAAGGCAAACAAGCUGGAUAGCAAAAGGUUUGCACAGCGGGUGUAGACAAUUUUGUGAUAACUGCUAUGCAAAAUCAAGUUGUGUUUUGUAUGGGACAACAGCAUCGUAUCUGAACUGUGCCAUGCUUGUUUUAGGUGGCGACAGUAUUGUGUUUUGCAGUAUGGGUGAUUUCAAAACGGGGUAAAGUGUUGUAAUUUGUGGAUUAUGACACUCGUCCCGAAUGCAGUGUAUCAGUGAUGGGGUUUUAUGAACUAGCUUUCUUUUCUGAUAGGACUAAAGAGGGACUAACAAGCUUUUCCUUGGGUAUGCCCACAACCAGACAAUUAAUCGGAUAUGAAAUAAUGUGGAUCAAGGCCGACAGAGGGUGAACAUGCCAGCGGUACACAAGUUUGUCAGCAGCUGAACGCCAAAUCCAAUAGAGUAUGGUUAAUAGGAUGCACAAUAAAUGGUUUGAAGACCAACUUUAAAUCAUUUACAGUUCGUGGUACUGAAAAUGCACACUUUGACCUUUACAUUUUCAAAGCCUAGUACUAGGCAGACUGAAUUAUUGAAGCAGUGAAAGUCUAGUGUAACUUCUCACUUUAGCUUUGUAGCUGAAGGUGAUCUAAUGGAAAUCAAACAAUGGUUAUUGUACAUGACUGGGAGAUAUAGAAAGAAAGGGAAUGGGUAUUGAUUUAAAAUGAAGCAGCUGCUCUGGAGGCUUGAUAUAAUUUGUUGAGCCCUUGCCUGGCCUUUGAGUAAAACAAUACAUUGCAAUAGAUGGAUCUGUGUGUGUCUGCCUAGUCAUUGCAAAGUAUUUUGGUGGGUAUGUUGGGUUGUGUUAAGGUACUUUAAUAACACCUAAUCUUAUUUUAAAAAGUCUUCAUUAGCGUUAAACAUAUCGGGUGAGGGUUUUUCUUUUUCCUUUUUUGUUAUGUUUAAUUUUUUGCAUUAAAUUAUGGUGUCGAUUUGUAAACUAAACUUUAAAAAGCUGCCAUUUUGUGGGAUAAAGCACUGAUUUAGAUGAAAGAAAAAAAAAUAACCUCAAACUACUACUACUACAAAGGCUUACAGGUACGGCAUAAAAGAAUAUGCAAUCAUUUUUGUUAUUAAUCUGUGUCUCGUUUACAGAGCAAAACUACUUUGUUUCAGUAUUGUGCCGAAUGGGUAUUUAAGAGUACAAUAAUAAAACACAACAUAUUACUAAAAGAAAAAAAAAAAGUUUUGCAGGUUUCUAAAAGGAUGUUGUUUUUUAUUAUUUUAUUUGCUGCUGUAUAGUAUAAAUAACAAAUGAUGAUGAUGAUGAAUGGAAGGCUGUAUGUUAUGUUUCUUGUACAGUAGAUUUCAUUUGAUAAAUGGACAUUGUUAUUUAGACUGUACAGAUGGAAGUGUACACGGAUGAUAGCUGUUCAUUAGAUUUGCUAUUUCUGCCACAAGGGUGGGUUUUAAAGAGAUGAAACGUGAGCCGUGUAUCUGGCUGCGUCUUCCACUGUACAUAUUGCUGCAAUGUUUCAUGUUAAUUGUGCCCUUGUUGGCAUCGUUGUUUUCUUUUGGGAGACUGGCUUUGGAGCUCUGUAUAGUGUUUAUUUAAAAAUCAGACUUUUUUUGCUUUCCAUAGAGCUACUUGCAAUAAAAUGUGUUAAUGUA